CGAAUAAAUUCAAUAAUUCACACAUUCCUUUAAGAAGUUUUACUUUGACGACGAGUGUUGUACGACGAAAUAAUAUCUGUAAUACGACUGCAAAGAAAACCAUUUCUACCAUGUCUUCGAGUGUUUACGAAUCGUUUCGUCUGAUCAACAUAGUGUCCCGAAUAUUUGGCGUCAUGCCGCUGAAAAUAUUACCGGGUGAUCGGAACAGCGGUCCUAUUUGUCUGGUGUCUACUGCUGACUACGUGUACUCGUUCGUGUUGCUUGUCGUGUCCGUCGUGCAUAGCGCGUUGGCGCCAUUUUACGUGUUGCACUCAAUCAUGCCGUACGAGUACAAGGACUCCAUUUUCGCGGCCGUUUCGGACUCGGACCUGCCGCGUCGGCCGCCGUUGCCGGCCAAUAACGCGACCGGCGGUGGCGAAGGAGACGACCCUGACGAAAUCAGCGUGAUGGCCACCGUUAUGAAGAUUCUCAACCCGAUCAUGAUAUCUGUGUCGAGCAUUUGUAGCCGGCUGGUCGCGCUCACGUUCCUCCAUCGCAAAUUCAGCGAGUUCAUCACUGUAUUACACAACACCGACAGGCUAAUGGAGGCGACCAUCCGAUCGUAUGUGUGCAACAAGACCCGCAAAACGGCGUUUACGCAGGCGUUCGACAAGUACCUGUUAUGAUAUUUCGUGCUGGUCGGCAUGCCGGUGAACGUUUUCUAUCUAUUCACCGCGUCGGCCGCAAACAGCAAGGUCGGCAUUGCCUGGUGCCUGGUGCUGGCCUUCAACAAUCUGGCCUGUUUCAGCACCGACAUGCAGUUCAUCCGGUGCGCGGGCAUGCUGCGCUACCGGUUUAACAUCAUCAACAACGAGCUGGAAACCAUCGCGACCGUGUGGCAAUUCAAACGCGGGUCAGUACGUAUAAUAUUUGUCCUGAGUGUGCGCUUACGACACAAAAAUACAAUAAUAUUUUAUUCAUUUAACAUUAAAAAUAACCGGAAUGAUGCCCAGUAAAUGCAUAUUUACAAGUAUAUUACAUACAAAUUUACGCAUACACAAUUUAUAGAGACAAAGGAAUAAUUAAAUAUAACAAGAAAAACAACUACAGUAUAUUCAACUAUUUUCGAUGAUAAAAUUAUAUGAAUUCGCGCAGUUUCUGGAACGUAUUCUAAUAAUGUCGAAAAACAAAUUGCGUUUUUUUAUUGAAUACUCGUCAAAAUGAAUUAUUUAAGUAAACGCUGGUCACCCGAAUACAAUUAUUUUACAACAGCUACGAAAAUUAAUUUGCGACCUACACAUCUAAGUGAAAUCGUAUUUUUAGAUUUUGCGUGUAGCGAAGCAGCUAUUAGUUUUACCAAGAUGUGUGAACAUUUUUCGAAAAAUGAUUUUUCUUUUUUUUUUUGUGCGUGUAAUACUGUGUUAGUUAUUAAAACGCUCCAAUUUGUUCACGCGGUCUUUAUAGUUUGAAUACUUUUUUCUAAAAAUUCCCGUAAGUUUUUCUAAACAAUUUUUAUAGGUACUAACAAUAAAUAUGGCGCUUCGCCGAUUUUACUUUUAUAGUUUUCUGGGUUACUUAUCUUUCUUGACUACAGGGGGAAAAACUUGACUUAUAAUACGAGUACUUACCUAUAAUAACUUUCUAUCAGAUUACUAAUUACUCGUAGGUUUCUUUGAUAAUCGUUUUUUUUUAAUUUCAUAUCAAUUUGAUAAACUGUGAAUUAUCUUAUAUCUUCUACUUUUCCGACUUCCCAUUUACAACUGUGGUGACUUACUGUGACAUGAUGUGAAGUAUCAAGUAUGUGUUACUUUUUCUGAACAUUUAUUCGUAUGCUCAUUGAACAUUAUAAGUACAACAAUUAGUGAUAAAAUUAGUAACAUUUAUAAAAUAAUAUAAUGUUUUUAUAUUUAGUGCUUUGGUUGAAAAAAAAACCUGCCGAUCAUUUUUGUCCGAAUUGUCUUAUGGUCAUAAACUAUGCGAUUCUAUCGAGAUGUAUAGGUAAGUGCAUAAUUAAUAGGAUACAUUAUACCUACUUAUACUUAGGUACAUAAUAAAUAUAUAGGUUAAUUAUAUAGGUACAGUAGCAUAGUCCACGAGUGGGAAGAGUGUUAUUACCUCCCUCACCGAGAUGUUUUCGACAUUUUAUGUUAUAAGAUUCUAAUAAAGUGAAUCAUCUUUUUUUCGAAUUUUCCUUGAAAAUGAAGACUUGGAAUGUGUUUGUUGUAUAUAUAUCUUUAUUCUGCUACUUUUGGAUAAUUUUUUUAUGACCAUAUGGCCAAAUACGCUAAAACUUAUUAGAGUUGUUUUAUAAAAGUUUAGUUGGAUUUCAAUAUAAAUUUCACUAUGUUGCAGGAGGAAAGUGUUUUUUUUUUAACUCUGAAUAGUCCUACAGGACCUUCAAAUGAAGCUACGGGGAUGACAUUUUGUAUAAUACAUGUAUCAAUGAUGUGCCUUUUGGCAGUUUUAACUUUCAAUACCUAUACUAUUUUUUUACUACAUUGUUUUGGAAGUAAAAUAAUUUAUUGUAGUACCUAAGUAUACUGCAUUAUUAUAGUAAUUAUAGUUUGGCUAUUUAUUGUUUUACAACGAAUAUUUCUAUAAUAGACAAUAAGUGGGGAAAAAUUCGUAACGAAGCUAAUUUCGAGAGUUUUUCUUUUUUUAAUGUAAUUUAUUAAUUAUAUAAUAUUGAAAAACGGAAAGCUAUAUAAAUAAUACGAUUUUAUCUCCUUGAAAUAUUUUGACGGUUACGCCACUGAUAUAGGUCUAUGGUGAAUUUAAUACGAUGUAUCUAUUCUUGAAAUCGUAUGUUACUAUAAUUCCCAAAGAUAAAUGUAUAGGUUAUUGAGCUAAACUAAAAAUAACUGGUAUUAUAUAUUAUAUAGAUACUGUUAUGGGCAAUUUUGCAACAUGCUGUGUCAAUUGAAUUCAACGUAUCAAUUGCACCUGUUGGGAUCAAUUUCCGCGUGUUUUUUAAAAGUAUUGUUCAAUUUAUACUUUUCUAUGUUCGGAUGCGUAGUUGGUACAAAUGACCAAAAGGAACAAGACGAACUGACGCGAGCCAUUUGCUGGUUUAUAUUUUAUGGAAUGAGAUUUUUGACCAUAAUAUACGUAGCUAAUGCGACUAGCAAACAAGUAAGUUGAUCGAGAUGGCCCAUACAUAUAUUAUAUAUUGUUAUAACAUCUUUAUUUGAAUCACACUGACUAAGAUAUUAUAUUUUAGUAGGUGAUUUGAAAGUUGAACUCGGUUAAAUAAUAUUUUAAUAAUUUAAGUAUUAAAUAUAUAGAUUUACCUAUCAAUGUUUUAUGUUCUAAUCGGAAGAGGAGCUCUUAUGCUGUAUUUAUUUUUUUUCCCAGCGUCUCCUUAUAUUAAUUUUAUUGGAGCGGAGAGACAAUACUACAAUACCCGGAAUUUUGCAAAUAAUGAUAUUUCUAAAUAACACGUGUCGUCAUUUUAGAUAAAUUGUCGGUUAUUUUAAUAUUUAAUAGAUUCAUCGUUCGGUCAUAAAUUAUCAUCAUUGUUACAUUAUCUGCUUAUUUAAAGAUAGAAAUGUUAAGAAUGAAAACCGAUAUUCUUAGAGUCUCAGAAGUAAGAUGAUCAAAAUCAGGGGAUAUAUGGAGUGGAGAGAUUUAUAUAUACUGAUACAUUGGAAGAAAAUCUUGAAUUGGGAGGAGUAGGUGUAAUGUUAGGAAAAGACAUUAGAAAGAAAGUGAAGGAUUAUGAGCAAUAGAGCGAAAGAACUAUUUGAGUAAAUAUCUAAACUAAAAUACACAGUUAUAGUACAAGUUUAUAUGUCAAGGCCAACAUCAAACCGUGAUGAUAGACAAAUAUAAGAAGUAUAUGAAUAAAUAGAAAAAGCUCUUGAAAAAAUUAAAGAAGAAGAAAACCGAAUUAUUAUGGGAGAUUGGAACGCAAUUGUAGGAGAAGGAGAAAAAUUUAAAAAUAUUAUUAAAAAAUUUAGAUUAGGAAAAAGGAGGAAUGAUCGAGGAGAUAGGUUGAUGGAAUUUUGUACGAAAUAUGAUUUGGUGAUAACGAACACACGUUUUUAUCAUCAUACAAGAAGAAGGUAUACUUCCAAUCAGAAUCUAAAAUAGGAGAUAUUCAAAAUGAGUCAAGAAUAAAGAAAGGUGUUAGACAUGGAUGUAUAUAUUAUCACCUCUAAUAUUCAAUGCAUAUAUUCAAGGGGUCAUAAAUACUAUUAAAGACAGGAUAAAACUAGGGAUAAAGAUAAAUGGAUACAUAAUCGAUAUGCUGAGAUUUGCUGACGAUAUAAAAAUAAUAGUUGAAAGCGAAAAAGAUUUUAAAAUUAUUUUGGAAAUAAUGGAGGAAAGAAACGGUGGAAAGUGAAUUAAAUAUGAAAACGAAAAUCCUAGUAAGUGGUAGAGAGAAAAAUAUAAGAACAAGAAUAAAGUUAAAAGGAGAUAAAAUUAUAGAAUAAGAUGAUUUCCUACAUUUAGGAAGUACUUUAAGCUUAAAUGGGUGAUGCAAAAAAGAAAUAGUAAAGAGAAUAUGCUUUAAUAAGAAAAGAAGUCUAUUUACAUCAAAGAAUAUUGAAGUGAAACAUAAACUAUCGCAAAAGAAGAAUCCGGAGAGUUAGAUUAGAUUAGGUUUUCGUGUAGUUUUCUUAAUAAUUGAGCAAAACCGCUUUAAAAAAAAAAAAAAAAAAUGAACAGACAAUUAAUUAUAUUUGCUUUUUCUAGACAUGGUAAAAUGUUCAAACCAUUAUGGUGAGUUUGUGUUAUUUAUAGGCAUUUGAUGGUUGUGUGUUUUUUUACGUAGUAUGUGGAUCAGAUGUUUCGACCAAAUAGAAAUGUUUGAUAAUUUAAAACGAGGUUCAUUAUAAGUUCUAUUUACUAAGUGGUAAACAAAUAGUUGCGCAUAAUGUAGACAGUACCUAUAGUUUUAAGAUCACGGCACAUCACAAAUAUUCCGGCAUUUCAAAACAUGUUUAACUGAAAUUCGCUCAGGAUCAUAUUUCGUUAGUAAUGGUUUAUCGUUUCUUACAGAUAUAAAUUAAAUAAGUCCAUGUCUCCUGCUUUUUUCAACUUCCCACUUACCAUAGUGGCACAAUCAUUAGCCUGCAAAAUCAGCUCUUUUUUUAUUUUUCGUUUAUGUUGAUAUACAAAUUUUUCGUGAUUGCAUAAUUUCGUUUUGGUUUCUGUUAUAUUUACCGUUUACACGAUUUUUUUGGUUUCAAAUUUCUACUUUAAUUAUUAAAAGUCCAAUGAUGUAUUAAAAGUUAAGAUGUGAACAAUAUUUAUACAUACGCAUUUCGUGGGAAAUAAUAGCCUUAUUGUCAUUAUCGCUAGAUGAUAAAAAAAUAACGAAGGUAUUGUGGAUAAUAGAUCACGGAAAACAAAUAAACUAUAAAGCGUAUGAUAAGUAUAUAAUUUAUAUCAAUAUAUCUAUGUUAGGUUUUUGAGAGUAACGGUAAUAUCCAUAGUUUUAUAGAAUUGACAUUGGUUUAUAUUUAUUAAUAUUGAUAAUAUCUGGUUUGGGGAAUAAUUUUACUUAAUAUUUUAUACAAAUUAAAAAUUGUUUAAAUAAUAUUUAACUUAGGAGGGGGACAAACUGAUAAGUUAGCAGUUCCAAAUUUUUUCUCGAGGGACUACUGCUCUUUCUUACCACCUAUGGCAUUGCCUGUAAUUAACCAUAGGUAAAAUACCCACUGUACCCAGGCCCGGAUUGAACCGGCGAGCUACUGAGCAAAUCUCGGUGGGCCACGCAAAAUUAUACUCGUUUUUAAUUAAAUAUAUGUAAAUUUGAUCUAUUGUGUAUAAUUUUGGGCCGGCGAAAAUCCUAAAAAUCUGCAUUCUCUAUCCGGCACUGACCAUACCCAAGGUUAUACGUAAUAUAACAGUCGAUCGAUUUAAUCGUGACGUCUCAUUUAUAAUACGUGCCUACAUAAUGCGUGUUGCACGACGCAUAAAAUAUGUAAAAAUAAGUCAAGUCAAGAGUACAGGCGGUUUUCGUCUAUAUAAUGACGAGGGCGUUUUUCGUACAACUUACCUCGUUAUAAAAUAUUAUACUGCAAAGAGUAUUUACAUAUAUAUUUUUGAAAAAAAUUAAUCUCGAGUGAAUUAUGUCGAACAUAAUUCAAAACAAAUCGAUUUUUUUUCUAAUUUGAAAUUAAGCUUAUUUUUUUUAUGACGUUUGUGUAAACAAAUAUUGAAAAUAUAAUAAAAUCGUUAAACAACACAUUAUGCGGUUUUCGUAUUGAGCAUCAAUAAAGUAUUAUAACUGCAGUAUUCUAAUACAUGGGUGUAUUACUAUAGUGAUUAACUAUUACGCAAAUAAUAUUGCGUGUUGUGCAUUUCCAGGGCACGUUAUACCAAAAUCAAAUGUACCUAAGCGCCAACACCUAACCGAAUUAUCAUUAAAAUGAUUUUAAAUCUUUGUUACGUGGACAUAUUUAACAAAAGUAAUAAUUAUUUCCGUCAGAUCAUAUUGUCCGUUGUAAUAAUCGUCACUUGUGCGUUCAACUUGGUGUACGCGCACGCGGUCGCGUAUAAAAUCGACGAUUGGUCCGACGCAAUGUCGACGUCGUUGACGGUAUUUCAAUGCAGCGUGGUGGCCGUCCUGUCGCUGGUGUCCAGAAGCAUUGUACUGUACAAUAUCGUGCAACGCGCGGACAAGUAUCGAAAGUACAAAACGACGCUGAAAAGCUUCGACAUUUACUCGCCGAUGACCGCCGUCGUUUUGAACCAGUGCAGAUCGUUUUCGCUCGCCGUGUUUGCGCUGAGCGCGUUAAUCAUACUACCGAUCAACGCGAUCAAAUUGUACAAUCUGUACAAUAGACACCCAGACAAGAUUUUCGUCACGACGUAUUUUUUCUUCUUCUACGCGCAAAACUUGAGCAUGUGCUUUAUCGAAAACCAUUUUGUCGACGAGUGUUUCGUGAUAUACAGACAAUUUCGGGAGGUCAACGGCGGAUUGAAAAAUAUCAAAUGCGAGCUGUGCGUUGACUAUAGCAGAUUUUCGGUUGUCAAAGAAACUACAAGUUCCGUAUCGAACGUUCCGUCGCCGCGCGCAAUCGUCUACGAUAAAGAUUUCUACAAUUCAAAAGAUAAAGAACAUCCGCUGGCCAAUAUUGUUGAACUUUUAAAAAUCAGACACUGGUUAAUCCGUGAAGCCGUUUUCGACUUGAACAAUUUGUUCGGCAUUCAUUUGGGACUUUCGUUAAUUUCGCUGGGAGUGCUCUCGUUGUUCGAUAUUUACACCGAAGUAUUUCACUAUUUCACCAAUACGAAAUUGGACAGCACCAUGUUUCGAUCAAAACUUUUAUUUCUUGGUUGGAUAGCGCAAUACUCGUUUAGGUUAUGUGUGAUCACAAUCACGUCGCACAUAACGACGAAACAGGUAAAAUAUCCUAAAACAAGUACUGCAUGUUAACGGGGAUCUAUACAUUACCGUUUAGUGUGUAUUGAAAUAAGUUUUAAAUAAAUUAAAUUAAAACGGUAAUCUUUUAAAAAUAUCAUUUUUUAGUGUCAGAAAAAGGUAUGUCCCAAUAAAUAUGUUAUAUUUAUAAAUCAAUCGAAUUCAUCAAUCAAUUAAUGGGAUGUACUAUCUGCUUAAGUGAAUCAAUGGAAAUUAAAACUUAAAGUUUCAUUAGAACAAAAAGUUAAUUUAUUAGUUUUUGAUCAUGGUCAUAUGUAGGGGAAGCGCAAAGGGUAGGCUAUAGCAGGCCCACCCUGUAUGAUGUCAUAGUACUUUUGUUUUUAAUUACAUCGUCUUUUAAAAUAUCUUGAAAUUGUAAAAAUGUAGAAAGCAUAGUUAUGUUUUAACCUAACCAUAUAUACUUAUAUUGGUAUAUUAUAAUAAUUAUGGUCUCCAAUCUGCCAACUGCAUUCUUCUAGGAGUAUUUUGAGAGAAAACAUCUGUACAAGUUCAUCUUCUUUGAACUCUUUAGUACUCUUUAAGUACUUACUUAAUGAUAGCUUGAUUUGGAUGGUUGGAUUACCUCCCUCUCCCUUAUUUAAGCCCAUUAUUACCUAUAUUCCAUAUGUAAUUGUGUUCAACUAAUACCCAAUUAAUGUUUUAUUUUAGGCGGAUUAUGCAAAAACAUUGAUUACCGAUAUAAAUAAUCGAUACUUGGAUAGUAGUACAAAAGAAGAGGUGACGAUUUAAUUCAAUAAAUUAGAAUAUAAUGUGUAUAGUUUUUAUUAAUGGUCGGUGAAAAAUUUUAGUUACAGCUAUUUUAUAGUCAAAUAUCUAGUCGAUCCACCGAGUUUACCGCUUGUGAUUUAUUUACAUUGAAUACUCGCCUUAUCACUUCGGUAAGUAUGUAUAAUUUGUAUACAGUGAUCAAAAUAUUACAAGACGUUCUAAUAUAAGAAAUCAAUUUGUUUAUUUUUUACUGAAAACAAAAUUAUUUUCAUAAUAAUUAUUCAACACUAUGAAUCUGAGGGGGGGAAAUUAACCUAUAGCUGGUACAUUACAAUUUUUUUUUUAUUUAUUUUUUUUUUUAUAGGCAAUUGCUGCUGGUGCAACAUAUCUAGUUAUUUUAGUGCAAUUUCAUUCCAACAAAAAUUGAAUUUAUCUGUCAAUAUUGUAGUAAAGUUAUUAAGCGUUUGAUUUAUAUAAAAGUGCACAAUUUAUGAUCAAAAUACCUCUAUAUUGAAUUUAAUUUAUAC